CAUUUUUCGUUAUCACAAAGGAUGCAGCUGUUUGGUGAGUCAGACGGAGAAUGAGUCAUCGUAAGAAAACAAACAGUGCCAUUCUUUCUGUGCCAUGGAGGUGGUGGUGGUAUCAACAAACCGUGUUUGUGUACACUCUAGUCUGGAUUUCGUUGGUAGGCCUACUUGGCUGUUCACUGGGUAUCAAGUGUGAAGAUAUAAAUAAAGAAAUGGCUUUUGAAUUCGCUCACAGGAGCUCUAGUGGUAGAGCAAUAAAAACAGAGCCUUUAGUUUCUACCACAGCUAAUAACGAGCUAACUGCAAAGGUAGCAUCAAUGGAUCAUCUCAUAUUAGAACGUAAGAUAUUUCAAAGACACCAAAUAACUAGUGGCGUAAUAGAUCUUACAGAAGACACAGAUACAGAUAUAGAGCUAUCAGAUGAUACAAUCGCUGGGAAGAAAGUGCCUGAAAUAAUUUAUUUGGCAGUUGAUAAUCAGUGUACCAUAGAUACACCUGAAGAAGUACUUUUGAAGAAUUAUGCUUUAAAUUGUGGACAUGACUCUUCAAAGUUUGUAGAUGGUUUGUGUCUUAUGCCAUGCAACACACUGUUGAUGUGUGGUGACAUCUGUAGUGGUAACUGCCAUGCAUGCAGCCAGGGUCGAAUUCAUGUUCCUUGCACCGAACCAUGUGGCAAACUACUCAUUUGUGGCCAUGUAACGAUCGCACCAUGCCUCACACAGCGCAGUCAAGGCUCUGACAAUACUGCACAAGCAGGCUCGAAACUACGAUGCAAUGUACCCUGCAAGGAUUACUGCCCUCCGUGUAAUCGUAGAUGCUUCAGGAGUUGUCCACAUGGUACAUGCACUAAGAUCUGUGGUCUUCCAUGUGAUCGUUGUGAGAAACCGUGCGAGUGGAGGUGUGAUCAUCUGUGGUGCACCCAGAUAUGUAGUGCACCUUGUGACCGAUAUCUAUGCCCCAUGUGGUGCCAUAUACAGCUACCCUGCGGACAUUCCUGCGUGGGUGUGUGUGGGGAACUCUGUCCUCCAUGUCGCACCUGCAGCCCCGAGUCCUUCCCUGCGAUCUUCUUUACAGAUGAAGAGGAGGCAAAAAAUGCCAGGUUUGUUGUGCUGCUCCCUUGUAAACACUGUGUGGAAGUGAAAAGUCUGGACAAGUGGCUGUCGAUGACAUCAGGGGGAAGUGUUCAGAAGAUAGUUGUAAAUACCUGUCCCAUAUGCCGAUCUAUCAUCAGCAAUCGUAACUUGCCACUUGUUAAAGACAGCUUUUCCAAUAUAAGGGAGGCCAUGAUAAAAAUCCAUGGUGCGCCGGAGGUGCUGAACUACAAAAAAAUGGAGAAUGAAUGUGCCAUUAUAAAGCUGCAGAAGUUCAGAACCGACCUGAAAGCUGGACCCUCUCGCACCUGUGUUAAUAAAAAAGUUCAACUUUUCACUCAAGCAGAAGAAUAUUUUCUGUUGAAGUACUUGAAAAGCAAUGAGCUGGACAAGAAUGGGUAUUCUGCCUUCUCAUUUGUGCUGUGCUGCUUGCAAAAUAUAUUGACAUGUGUGACAAGCCAUUGGAAUUGUUAUGAAGACAUACAUCAAUUAACUAUCAAGUCGCAAUUCAUUUUCCUGAUGAAACAAAUGUUGAAAAAUAUAACGCGAUUUGGCAAACAACAGCACUGUGACUUUUCUUAUGAGUCCAGACGUUUUGUUCACUUUGCUGAACUGAUUUAUCUCUAUAACAAGCCAGGUUACAAAGUGAACAAAGACAAACCUGAAAUUCAGGAGGUGCUGCGGUUUACCCGAAGCAUCCUGGACCCGAAACCUUACACAAUACAUAAAGAGGUUGAACUUGAAUUAAAUGAGCUCAAGAAGAGGAUCAUUGCCGCUCCCAGUAUCUCUGUGGAAGAAAAGGAAAUUAUUUUAACAGCUUUUCCCGAACACUUUAAGACUGCGGGUGGAAGAUCUCAGAAACAUGCCUACAAAUGUUCUGAAGGCCAUAUUUAUCUUGUUGGGGAGUGUGGAAAACCUGUUGAAGAAUCUCAGUGUCCCGUCUGCAAAGAGCCCAUCGGUUGCAGUGGUGCUUAUCCGAUUUCGUCUUCUAGAGCCACAAAGUUGAAUAUAGCCACAGAGUUGGAUAGUGACACAGAGUUGGAUAGUGACACAAACUUGGAUGGUGACACAAAGUUGGAUGGUGACACAAACUUGGAUGGUGACACAAAGUUGGAUGGUGACACAAAGUUGGAUGGAAUCACAGUAUUAUAUAGAGACACAGAGUUGGAUAGACCCAAGAGACCACGAUUCUCUCAGAAACUGUGUGAACCACCCUCAUACACCUCUCAUAACAGAUCAUCUGCAGAUCAACAGGGCAGAAAUUCCAGGGCUAAAUCUUUUUAUCCUACAAGCAUUGGAAAGCAUCAACAUGAAAAGAACCAUGGUCAAUUGCCAAAAUAUGUAUGCCUACAACAAAAUAUGGAUUCAAAUCAUCGAGAAUCAUUCCACACCGGAAAUACCUACCGUGUACCAAAUUCUUUCACACCUCUUAAUCUGUCUAAAAAUGUAUCUUCCAGUCAAGGCUCUCAAAUUUUCUUACCAAUGAAUCCAGAUAGAUUUACUUAUUCAAGAAAUUUUCCUUCACAGUUGAAUAAGACAAUGCAUUUGAGGGGAACAAGUUCAGAUGUAAACAAAAUUAUAUUACCAAGUCCAUCCGCUUCUGAAUAUUCAUCUACAAAGUUAGCUGUGCAUUCGAACAUGUCUUACAGCUCUGGACAAGCCCAAAACAGUUUGAACAUGCCUGGACUAAGUAGUUCAUCACAAUAUAUACCUUCAGAUACCAACAUGUAUCCAAAUAUAAGGAAAUCCUUUGGUACAUUUCAUCCUUCCACAUCUCAUCAACCAGUGAUGCAGUCACAGUUUGGAGCUAUAGAACAUACAAGCACAUCCUCAUCCAAUCACCUUUUUCGAACCACUACAAAUGUACCAUCUUUGACUUACCGGACUGAUGCCACCAUCACUACAUCAAGUGAUCCAGCCAGUCAUGUAUUUAUCCAGAACAAGAACACAUCUGAUACAAAGUGUGGAGCCAAAAAACCAGUGGCUCUCGUUGAACCUUUCAAGAGAAGUUAAAGAAAUUGACACUGAUUUUCUUAGUUACAGUAUUUCAAUUAGACUUAGUUGCUUUUAGAUGUAUUUUAUGUAGGAUCCAACUAAAAGUUUUGUUGCUGUUGUGUUUGCAACAACGGGACAAACAAAAAUACACUUUAUGAGACAAGCCACCCAAAGCUAUAAUAUGCUAGUGGCAUGCAUGUUUAUCAGUAAUGUUUCUUGAAGAUAUUUUGUCUCAGAUAUCUUAUUAAAUGGAGUGUUUUAUUUUAUUGAAUCUAGCCAUUUUCACUUCUGCACGUUAACAAAAAUAAUGAAUAACUUAAAGUUUUUCUGUUAUAUACUUUACUUAUAUAAAAUAUAAUUAUCAAUAAAUUUGAAAAAAUAUUGAAGUAUGUAUUUUAGUUGGAUUUUGUGUUUAUGGCUGAUUGUAAUUAUAAGAGUAUAGUUGUAUUGUCUUCAGUACCUACAUCGUAGGUAGGUUGAAAUUUUGUGUGUGAGUUAGAUGAUAUUUUUACAUUGUUUGUUAUAUAGAAUAUUUUAACAAAAAAGAGAUAUUCGAUACAAGCAGCUUUGCUAAUAAGUAGCAACUACUGUAGUGUGUAGUAUAUAGUACUAGUAGUAUGAUUUAAUCAUCUUAAACUAAUUCUUACUGUUUAUACUAUCAAUAUAUUUUUUGUAGUCUUAGUUUUUGAUACUUUGAAUUCAGGUACAGUUAACUUCCCAACCAGCAUGAAUUCAACAAUUACUUGUUCUCCACAGUGAGUAAAUUUAUAAAGCUUCACCAAACUUGAUACUCUAUAAUCAAAUUGUAGGGUCUGUAAAGGGCGAAAUAUUGUAAUGUUGUGCAUAUCAGCUAAAUGUUGGACAACCUAUUUUAAAACAAUUUUUCUGCUGAUAAUCAAAUUUCUUAUUACAUUAUUAUUUUUUAUUUUUUUCAUUUUCAUAUCAAUCUGUUUAUUUACAGAUAGAAAGGGCCCCUUACAUUGUGGUGUCUCUGACUAUAAACUUUACACAACUCUAAAAGCGAAUGGAUUUAGGUGAAAGAAGUACCUAUAAAAUGUGAUAUAUCCAAAACUGUGUAACUAAAUACAAUGAAAUUAUAUGAUUUAUAUUUUUAAAUUUUUAUGGGAUACUCAGUGCCAUUGCAGUUUAAAAUUUUACUCAUCAUUUCAAACAGUGUACAUUGCAAUAUUUCAGACCUGCGAGACAAGAAUAAUACAUCAGAAUAAUGGUUUUUUAAUUUAUUGUCGGCCUACCUUAUCACUCCAAUGCAAUGUAAUGUAAGUUUUCCCCCUAAUGUAUUACUUAAUCCAGGGUCAAAAAAUGAAUGAUAUGUGUAACAUUUAAAUGAGCAUAGCAACAAGGAUAUGUUACAAUGUUUAUUUAAAUUUCAAUAUACUGUGUUGUAUACGACGAUCACUGUGCACAUCUUAUGUAUUGUAUCUUAACCCUUUAAGGAAUAUGGACGUCAUAUGACGUCUUCCUUUGAUAGUCUAAAAUGAGUAAUGAAUGAAAUCCCAAAAAAUACCAAAAGGAGUAAAAAAUUAAAAUCUUUAAAAUGUCUUAAAACAUAUUUAUUUACAUUUAAAAGCUUAAUAAAAAAGGACUACAUGUUCUACAAGUCAAUAUUUCAGUACUUUUUCAAAAUCAAAUGUCUUCCUCACUACGGCAGACUCAAUCAGUAUUGUCUGCUAUUUGGACAACAGUAACAAACUAGAUGGUUGUUUAACAAAUAUAUCACUCUCACAAGAUAAAUAUGGCCACAGUAUGCAGUAUUCAAGGAAUGGCUAGUAUAAUGUGGCGGCAUACUCUAACAGCAAAGCGAUGCACGUGCGACGCGACCUUGAGUCGGUGGCUUCUACCGGGUGUCUACUGUGAUCUGGUGGUAAAAUCAGAUUACAAGUGAAUACGAGCACAAACUUGGAAGUUAAAUAUGUUGACGAUAGAUGGAACCAUUUUACAGACUAAUCUACCUAAAGGCAAUCAGUAAUAGCAAUGCAUUUACGAUAAUACAAAUAUGCAGAGGCUAAACGUCAUAUGAAGUCCGUACUCCUAUGGUCCACUAUGAGAAUAUACGUCAUAUGACGUCCUUAUUCAUUAUGUAGCUUUUACACGCACUCCUUAAGGGUUAAGUGAUUUGAUGCACCGUAAUUGUACUUUGUUCAGUUUUCUAGUUGGUAUUUAAUGCAAUUAAGAUCUGUCAAUUUAGUAGUGCCUUAACAAGUGCCUUCAAAUUAUAUUGACUUUUAAUUUUUCGUAUACAAAUAAAGUGUCAUUUUAGAUUGUUAGAAGACUGUUAAUAAACAGACUUGAUGUUGCAUAUAUUGUCAUUUUAGAUUUCUAUAUAGUGUGUAUAUUAUAUUCCUUCUGAAUAGCUCCAAACCACAUUAAUCAAUUAGUUUAUGACUUAAGAACAAAUUCUAAAUAUCAUUCUGUUUUCUUGAUUUUAAUGAUUUGUACUUUUUAUUCUUCAGGCACAUACUUUUGAAUAUAAAAUAAUGUUAUGCUCAAUGUUAACAUAACUAUGUUUAUAAAAUUGUCUCAUUGUCUCAAAUACAAUUCUAUAAAGUAUGUAACAGUAAUUCCCACUCUAAUAAUUUUAGUUUGUCUUUACAUGACAAGUAUGUUUUAUAUCUCUGUACAAUAUUGCUACUGUUACGUUUUAAUGUUAUUAUUUUUAAAAGAGCAGCACUGUUUAAGGUACAUUUUAUGUUAUGUCAUCAAUAAUAUUACUCCUGAUGUUCUGUUACAAACCUUCAUGUCUAACAUUUGACCUCUGGUGCUCUCUUGUGGAGUAAUGCUGGAGUAGACGGUAAAGUGUUCCUACAGGAAAUGGCUGUGUGGACGCACAUUGUUGGCCAGUUUCCAUUAGCCUUGGAAUAUUUACUCUGCCGUUUUUGUAUUUAUUGUAUACUAUCCUUUAAAUCAAACAUAACCUUUCUUAUAUACUUCAGGCGUAACGUUAGUACAGUCAGAUGUACGCACUAAAAUGGCCAGAUGCAUAUAGCACUCAAAAUAUUGUUGGUUAUCCAGGGCACAAAGCUAAUUAAUGUGUGUUACUAUAGAAUAUUAGAUUUAUACCUAAAGAAAAAAUGUAAUACUUAAGAUCAGUACUUUUAAAAGACUGCUUUAAUACACACAUGUCUUUAUACUUGCCAGGAGUGUUACAGUGUUGAUUUUAGCUGAUUGAUAUGUACUAUAGCUAGAGUUGUAAUGGCACAUAACAUACUCACUACCGAAGGGCACAUCAGUGGAUGAUGAGAGUCUUGGUAGCCAAAGUGUUAAAUUUUAUUUACUGUUUCUUGUUAUUUUUUUUACAUAUAUUGAAUAAUUGUUGAUAAUAAUAUAAUGCUAUAUUGGAUACAAAUUUAUAAUUCUAUCUAUAAGGCCAGAUAUAUCAGUGGUACUGGCAUUAAUCGAUCAGAUCAACUUAUUCUAGUUUAAAACAUUAUUGUUUUAAAAUAUGUAUAUUAUAAUUUUUCUAAAUUUAUAGUAUAAUUAAUACAAUUUUAGGCAUAUUUUUAAUUUUAAAAUUCUUGUAAUAAUUCACUGGUUUUUUUUAAACAUUAUUAUAAAAAAAAUAUUAUAAAUCUACAUUAAGCUGUGUAAAUUUAAAAUAAAUUGCUACUGGACAAGAUAAUGCUAUCAUGUGUUUUGUUUAGAUGAACAAAAUGUACACAUAUAAACUUACUUUUAAAUUAUCUAAUUGGGCUGUCUUGUUAUCUAGUAAUAGGUAUGUACCCGUAAAAGACUAUCAUCCAGAAAACUAUUUUUCAUUACAAAGAAUUUAUAUCUGUUACUUAUGUUUUUGUUAUUUGUGGGUAUUGUUACCAAUCAUUGGAGUAACUGUUUUGUAAAUGAACAGUAGUAGGUAGUGGCAUUUUCGUAAAAUUUACAAGAAUAUUUUAUAAUUUACUUUGAGAACUGUAAAAGAGUGAUAACUCUUUUUGGCAAUAACCAAAAACCAUUUACACAAAAAUACUAUGUACACUAAGUGUAAUUAUUGUUAGUAGUUGUAUUUUACAAUAGUUUAAAAAAAAUAAUGUACUCUCCCUGUUACAUUAAAAUGUACAAGGUUGUAACAAAAGUUUACAGAGGCGACCUUGAGCCACAGGAGUUUCUCAGAGUUUUUGGCAAAAUUUUGUAAUGCUUAUUAAACAAUAUUUUAUUUUUGUAAAAAAUUAUCUAAUUAUAAUCUUGCUUUA